AAGUCACGUUUACCUUCGUCUGCAGCCCAUUGGUUAUCCAUUACUACCCGUUUUUCGGAAAACUGGUCGCAGGAACGGAAGUGCUGUAGCUCUCAGGUUUGACACAACGGCGCCGCUUAAGGCAGAACGAGCGACCUGGUGCCAUUCAAGCCAGCCAGAUUCUCCGCUCAGGCUCCUGCCCAAGUUGGAGAAGAUCUCCAAAAUUCUGGUGGUCUAUGGAAGGACGCGGAGUCGGAUCGUGAAAUAUACGUCACCCACUGAAACGUCGAGCCACUGAAGGCCACCGGAAGCCCCGCCCCUAGAAGGAGUCAAACAGUUUCGCGGUGGAGAGGAUCCUGAGUACUGCCCCCAGGGCGGAGCACCCUGGCAAUGGCUACGCCCUCGCCCUCGGGCGCGGGUCCGGCUGCCCUUCGCUUUGCAGCCGCCGCCAGCUGGCUAGUCGUGCGGGGACGCUACGUGGAACAUUUUCCGCGAGUGUUGCAGUUUCUUCAGUCCCUGCGCGCUGCUGCCCCUGGUUUGGUUCGCUACCGCCACCACGAACGGCUAUGCAUGGGCCUAAAGGCCAAGGUGGUGGUGGAGCUGAUCCUCCAGGGCCGGCCUUGGGCCCAGGUUCUGAAUGCCCUGCAUCACCACUUCCCAGAGUCUGGACCUGGAGUGCGGGACCCUAAAGCAACAAAACAGGAUCUCAGAAAGAUCUCGGAGGCACAGGAAGCCUUUUGCCAGCAGGUGAAGCAGCUGGCAGAAGCCCCUGCGGAUUUGGCUUGGAAGCUGCAGGAACUUGAACAAGAGUAUGGAGAACCUUUUCUGACUGCUGUGGAAAAGCUAUUUUUUGAAUACUUAUGUCAGCUGGAAAAAGCACUGCCUGCACCACAGGCUCAGCAGCUUCAAGAUGUGCUGAGUUGGAUGCAGCCUGGAGUUUCUAUCACUUCUUCUUUCGCUUUGAGCCAGUAUGGUGUGGACAUGGGGUGGCCACUUCCAGAGUGCUCUCUUACUAAUUCAGUGAACAUGACAGAGCCCAUGAAGCCGAGUCCUCCUCAGCAACCAAGACCAGCACUCCACCAUCCUCUACCAAAAGCCAAGUCUGGCCUGUACCUUCCUCAGGGACCAGCCUCAAGGAAGCACCCAGAACCUUUGGUUGGCCACCACUUCAAUCUGGCCCCUCUAGGCCAGCGAAGAAUCCAUUCCCAGUGGGCAAACACUCGGGUAGGCAAUAAGGAGCGCCCCACAGCCAUGCUAUUACCCUUUAGGAAUCUGGGUUCACCAACUCAGGUCAUAUCUAAACCUGACAACAGAGAAGAACAAGGGACACACAUGGCAGCUGCAGCAGGUGAUGUCGGCACAAGGGCAGCCUCCACUGGGAAGUCUAGGAGUCCAUCCCAGAUCCUGUGCGGAAGGACUGUGAAGGAAAACCCAGUUGACACGUCUGCCUCGGAGCAAAAGGAGAAGUGCUGGGAUUGCCCCCUGGAGUCCCCGAGACUGUCAUUAUCAUCUCCUAGGGCCAGGAAUCCAGUGUGUCCUCUAUCUCUGUGCAGCCCUGUCAUUACCAUAGGGGACUUGGUUUUGGACUCUGAUGAGGAAGAAAAUGGCCAGAGGGAAGGAAUGGUGAGUAGGGAGGAACAGAAAGCUGGGGAAGGAAGGCGAUGGGGCAAAACAAGGCAGAAAUCCCUGUGCUCCAGAACAAGGCAAAACAGUGUUCUAGAGGAUGAUAGGAUCUCCUUGCUCCCUUCUCUGCAGGAGUCUCUGGAAAACUAUGAGAAGACAAAGUUUGACACUCUAAUCCCCACCUUCAAUGAAUACCUCCCCGCUUCUAGCCCCAGUGCUGUGUCUGUCCUUUCCCGUGACCAUAUAGACUCCUCUGAUAGGACUGGAAUGCCAUCUGCAUCCUGCCUGUCUCCUUCCUCCUCACCUCUACAGGCAGUUUAGUGGAAAUAAAGUGGAUUCCCAAGCUUGGGUUGCCUGACUAUAUUGCCAAAA